UGUGGUAUUAUGUAGAAAGGUCAGUGAAUCCAGGAAGUGACAGUGUACGUGAACAAGGCUGCUGGGUGAAACACGUGUUAGACAGGACACCCACUGUGCACACAGAGGUUUCCCUAUUACACAGCCAUCGCAUUUGAGCAUCAGGAUGUUACGGAAUUUCCAAAUCCUUUAUAAAUGGUCUCUGUGUCCUUUCCAAAACCACAGAAUAACAAAUGCAUUGAUUUUCUAUUCAAAGUGUUACCCUAACCAAAUAAAAUGUGCGGGUCCUGGAAGAAAUGUGUUCACAUCUCCCCCAUUAUUGAAAAGUCAGCAGUCAGAAUCCUCAAAGGCUCCUGUUCCUUUGCGUAUGAGGUUGCUUGUGAGCUGCAUUAUUGGUGGAGCUGCAGUCGGUGUUUGGAGUUAUCUCCGUUGGGAGAAGCAAGAGAAGAAAAAACUGGAGCGCAUUCAGCAGCUUCGUAUUCUGGCCGUUGGUCAGGGAGACUUCAAUCUUUCUGACCAUAAGGGUCAGCCCUGCUCUAAAAAAGACUUCAAGGGAAGUUGGGUAUUGAUGUACUUUGGCUUUACACACUGUCCUGACAUCUGUCCAGAUGAACUGGAAAAGCUGAGUUCUGCCGUGUCUUUGCUGGAUAAAGACCCCGCGUUGCCACCCAUCUUGCCUAUCUUCAUUACAGUAGACCCAGAGCGUGACAGUGUGGAAGCACUAGCAAAGUAUGUCAGUGAAUUUCACCCCCGGCUCAAGGGGCUGACAGGCACCAGCGAGCAGGUGAAGGCAGUAGCACAAGCAUAUCGUGUGUACUUUAGUGCAGGGCCUCGCGAUGAAGAUAAUGACUACAUUAUUGAUCACACAGUCCACAUAUACUUGCUAAAUCCUGAUGGUUUAUUCACAGAUUAUUAUAACCGUAGUAAAAAUGAGCAGGAAAUAGCAGAAAGCGUGAAGCGGCACAUGAGUACCUACAAAUCUGUAUUCAGCUGACAACGUCACUUGCAUUUGUUUUCCCACUGAAACACUUGUCUAUGCUAUCUGGUACAAAACUUUAUGAUCAUUUUAAAACUAAAUUUGUCUAAUCACUUUGGACCAAUAUAAUCAGAUUAAUUUGUAUUAUUUGUGUGUUUUUGCUUUUCUGCUAUUUAAAUUUGCAACCCUAAAAUAAACAUCACUCCUGGUAA